ACCCGGUCAAACAUUUUUUGUAAAUAUAAAUUAUAAAUAAAUGAAAAUCAGAAUAACAAAUAAAAUCAAGGUGAUGGAAAUUAGGCGCAGUCUGUGCUUGUUGGCUCUACUGGGCGUUGCCAAGGGCGCCACCAAUCAGAGCUCCUCAACAACAACACAGACAACAGCAACAAGCAACACGUGGCAACAACAACAGCAACCAGUCGAGUAUUAUAAACAUUUAAAUGCAGCUGCGAAUUUGGGCGAUUUCCAUGAGCCACACUUGACACGCAGCUCUGUCAUCUUUGGUUUGACCAAAGUGGUCAACGAGAACAAUGUGAAUCUCCUGUGUGAAUCCCAUUUGCGGCAAGUGCAACAUGGCAUUCUCAGCAAACAGCCCUGGGCAAUGAAAGUACUCGAUGCUUCGGGCACAAAACCCUCCGGAUUUGUGUAUGGCCAGAACUAUUGGCUGGGCAGUCGGGAGGCGUGCAAAGGAGUACAGCAUCCUGUGGGAAUAACACUCUCCAAGAACUUUGAGCGUGUGAUGCACCACGGACUAAUAACACAGCAGGCACCCUUCGAGAUGGAUUAUCGCGUGGUUUAUUUGCGGCACAAUUCACCGUGGCAAGUGGAGAUCAAGUUGAUGUCCGAGCAAAUUAUCCACAUUGGCCUCUGCCUGCCACGAGCCUGCACCGGCGGCGAGGUGAAACAGCUGGCUGGGGAAUAUGUGUCCCGUGGCAUGUUUGCGGAGAAUGACAUCUUUGACAUACAGCCGGAGGUGUUGUACCUGAAGGAUCUGGAGCUGAGCGAUGCUUUCUAUCAACGCACCAGUUUCCGGCUGCUCGUCAUUUGUGUGCUGGCCACUUGUGCCCUGAUGUUGUGCGCCCAGCAGAAUCCUGCCGGCGAGGAUUCGACCAAAGAAACAACUGUUGGCCUGGCACCAACUGAAUCCGAGCUGUGGCGUGUUCUUCAUUCCCUGCUGAGAUGGGAGCAACUGCAGCAAUUUGUCAGCUGCUACGAUUUGCCCGGAAAUUGGGCAAAGAUUUUUGUGGUGCGUUCGAUUCCCACUCAGAAAGAGAUACCCGUGUUGAAUGGGCUGAGGAGUGUGUGUGCCAUUUGGAUUAUGAUCUUUCAUGUGGUGUGGUUCAUGUAUUUCACUGUGCACAACAAAACCGUGCUCAUUUCCUAUGCGGAGCAGGCAUUCUUUCAGUACGUAUCCUCAGCUCCGCUGCUGGUCGAUGUUUUCUUUACCAUCAGUGGCUUUCUGCAAACGUACAACUUUCUGCGCAACGCCGCCCAACUGGACGCAGUGCGUCAAAAUGGAUGGCGCAAAAAUUUGAAGCUCUUUGGCAAACUGCUCUUUCAUCGUUAUUUGAGAUUGGGUCCACUUUAUCUCGUUGUGAUGGCUUCGGUGGAUUUGGUCUACGCCUAUAUUGGAGACACUUCAGUUUAUCAUAUUAAUGAGCGCUUUGAUGAGAUGUGCUCCAGGCACUGGUGGCGCAAUCUGCUCUUCAUUCAGAAUCUCUUCGAUCAUCGCGAUAUGUGCGCCAGUUGGAGCUGGUCUUUGGCCUGCGAAAUGCAGUAUUUCAUCUUGGCAAAUUCGUUGCUCUUUUUAUAUGCCAAGCAUCCCCGACUCACCAAGACGCUGGUUACCUCCGCUUUGGUCUCAACUACCGUUUGGACCUACAUUAUUGGUCUUCGCAUCGAGUUUCAAUUGUCUUUCGACGCGGCCUUUGCCACGGGAACCGAGAUUUACACAUCGCCGUUUGUUCGAGUGCUUCCCUAUAUUCUGGGCGCCAUCACAGCCUGGUUUCUGCUCGAGGAGGCGAAGCAGCCAGAAGUGGAGCCUAAUAAGAUGAGGAAUCGUUGUUGCUGGCACUUUGCGCUGUUUGUGUUCAUUGCCUGCAUCUACUCCACGAUUCGUCGAGAUCUGGGUUCCUUGCUGGCCAUUUCGCUAUUUGUUUUGGGCAGACUGUUUUUCUCGUUGAGCGUCUGCUGGAUGAUUAGGGGCAGUGCGAGAGGGCGUGGCGUCUGGUGGUCCCGCAUACUGGAGGCCAAGGGCUUCCAGCAUCUGAGUCGGCUCUCGUAUGCGAUUUAUUUACUAAAUCCUUUGGUGAUUGCCUUCUUCUACAGUUUAACCAGCGCCAGCACGCAUGCAGAUCCCUUAAUGCUGUGCGUUGUCACCUGUGGCUUUGCCGUCAUCGUCUAUUUGGCAUCCAUUGUAUUUUCGCUCGCCUUUGAAUUGCCUUACAGCAAUUUGUCUAGUUUGAUUUUGAGGCGCAGCAAAUUGAAAAGUGCCUGA